AUGACCAUGUACGCCCCCGCUUACGGGCCUUCUGCCUACGGGAUGCAGCCCGGCUGGAACGCAGCGACAUCCUACCCAGGUGCGACAGCCGGCGCGCUGGUACCCUACAACCCCAACACUUACGGCACCGGUUCACCCACUAGCGCACUCGGACUCUACGAUGGCUUUAAUAUGGGGUACGCCUCCAACCGUCGCCCAUGGGCUUACGGUCGGGUGAGGUCUACCAUUGAGUUCAACGACUGGGACUCGAACAACCCAUUCUGGCUCUUGUCCAACUCGGCGCCUCUUCCUCUCUACGAUGAACAGGGGCGCUUCCACCCCACGGCCGCUCACCUGUUCCACGCGAGGAAGUUCUUGGAUCCACGCCUGGCUGACCAGGUCAGCGCGUGUUCAACAGCCCAAGGUGCAAAGGAACUCGCCGACUCCUGGCGCCCUUACAUCAGGCCUGACUGGAGGCGAGUGAAUGUCCAAAUGAAUUAUGCCGAUGCGCCUGUUCAGAUGGAAUGGGUGAUACGCGAGAAACUACGGCAGAACCCGCAGUUUGCCCAGCUCUUGAUGAGCACUGGGAGGUGUUAUCUCCUCAACACAUCCAUUGACGAGAACUUCUGGGGCAUCGGCAGUGGCCGAGGCCGUAACGAACUAGGCAGGGCACUCAUGAGACUGCGCAAGGAGCUCUGA